UUGUUUGUUUGUUUUUUGGGUUUCCGUUUAAAUUGGAAAACAAUUAUUGGGAUCUUAGUAACUGUUUUGAGCAAAACCCAGUUUUUAUUUACCUUUCUUUCUUCUGGGUUUUCGUUGUUUUGGUCUCAAGUGGUUGUUCAAUGGGGUUUUGGAGGGUCUGAGUGUGUGUCUUUUUUAUGGUUUGUGUUUGUUUUUGUGAAUUGUGAAGGUACUUGUUUUUCUUUUUGGAGGGGAGAUGAGCAAAGGACGGCAACCGGAGCCUAUUGAUUUCUUCAUUUGGAGUGUUGAGGAUGUUGGUUUGUGGUUGGAAGAGAUAAAUCUAGGCAGUUACAGACAGGUUUUUAGGGAAAAUGGUGUCAAUGGAGAAUACUUGGAAGGCAUGUCCAUGUUCACUACCGAACAGAUUCUUCGGUUUAUUAGACGAUGCCAUAUGAAAUGGGGAGACUUCAUCACGCUUUGUAAGGAACUUAGGCGAAUUAAAGUGGCUUGCCUAAAAGGGGAACAAAAGGUUCGCAGGCCAUGGUGGGCUCCAUCUUGUCUUUCAGCAGUCUUUGUCAAGGUGGCGAAGCGUAACAGACAGUCAAGGGUUGUCUCUUUGAAGCUGGAACCGUAAUGAAAGAUUUGAUAUGUGUACGUAUUUAUAUUUUGCCCCUUUUUUUUUUUUUUUGGCUCAGAGAACAAUAGAGUAGGAAAUAACUUUUUGUUUUGAAGCUGUCAAGGCCACUGUUUGUUCUUCUUUGGAGAACUCUGUUUUAUAUACAAGCUCGUUUAUGUAUUUAUUUCUUAGUGGUUUUGUUCUUUAUAUGAUUUACUUGAAAAAAGCAUGGAGAAAUCAAGUUCGUGUUGCAAAUUACUCAUAUAACUUGUUUGUAAGUUACGGUGGCCCAUUUGGCUAGCAUAAUGAUAAUGGAAUCCACUUUUUUCUUCA